CGCGGCAGCAGCACAAGGGGAUGGAAAAGUUUCUGGAGCUCUGCCCAAAGCUCGAGAUCAUCAAGCUCGCCACAGCGCCUUCAUCCUCGAGGUUCCUGCGAGCUUGCGCAACUUUGUUCUUCAUGUCCGAGCAGAUCAAACGAGCAAGGUGGUGGUGGUGGCGCCGGGGAUAGCAAAACUUGAGGCCAUGGACAUGCGAAAGGUGGUGGUAGACUCGGUAGCUUGUCUCAAGCGGGUGGUGCUGUGGCGCGAAUAUCAUACUUCAGCUAGGAAACAAUUGUUCUACAGAAGUUGAGCUGACUCUACUGGGAAUUCAGUGGGAGAGGACUCGACUCUGCGAAAUUCCCAGCGGAGUCAAGAGGAUUUGUUUGGGUGACGACUUUGGUAAGGCCUUCACGCCAUCAGGGAACGUCGAGUUCUAUGGCCUCUUCUCUAUUAUGUUUCCUGGAGGCUCUGUGGAGGAGCUGGAGCUUACGACUGGUUUCCUUUCGAGAGUGUGGUAUUACGAAAAGCGGCGUCUCUCUUCGACCCGGACGAUAAAACACGUUUUCCUGGUGGUGGCGGAGGAUGAUAUCAAGGCCAUCGCAAAAGCGGCGAGCAAUCUCGUCUACUCGUGUGACGUCCAAUGCGUUUCGAUGAUAUCUCCCCGUGACAAGCGAGAAGUUUGGAGGUGGCAGCGUACACAUUUGCCAGAUCUUACAAGUUUUGAAAGUUUGCUGCUGGGAGAAUCCACCACAGGAAAGCUCCAAUGUCAAGAUCUUCUCCUGAUCAUAAAUAAACUCCUCCAAAACAAUGUAUACCUUGAGAGACCGCCACGUCGGCCCUAAUCCCAACGGCCCAUGGUAAAAAAACUUUUGGAAAUUGAAAACUUGAACACCGCUAUAAAAGUGCCA